CUCGUAACUGUGGUUCUUCUAUUUAUACAGAGAUUUGAGGCAGUUAGUUUCAAACAUCAAAUAGAUGGAUAUGUCAGAUUAGAAGUCCUAAUGAAGAAGUUUGGGUGUACACUACCAAGGAGUACAUGGAGGUCUAGCUAGAUCUAAGAGCAUGGUCAUGGGGGAGCUCUCCCGUGGCUUCAGAAGGCCAUCGUCUCCAGGCCUGCAGGAGAGGACACUGAAAGCAGGCUGGCUUAAAAAACAGCGCAGCAUCAUGAAGAACUGGCAGCUGCGUUGGUUCGUGCUCCGAACUGACCGGCUCUACUUCUACAAGGAUGAGGAUGAAACCAAACCUCAGGGUUGUAUCCCAUUACAGGGUAGUCAAGUCAAUGAGCUGACAGCCAAUCCCGAUGAACCUGGGCGGCAUCUUUUUGAGAUAGUUCCAGGCACUACAGGAGAGAAAGACAGAUCAGCUCUGAGCCAUGAGGCUUUUCUGCUUAUGGCAAACUCACAGAAUGACAUGGAGGAUUGGGUCAAAGUCAUCAGACGUGUCAUCUGGGCUCCUUUUGGAGGAGGUAUCUUUGGUCAGCGCCUAGAAGACACUGUACAAUAUGAGAAGAAGUUUGGGCCCCGGCUGGCACCUCUGCUAGUGGAGCAGUGUGUGGAUUUCAUACGGGAGCAGGGUCUGAAAGAGGAGGGUCUCUUUAGGAUGCCAGGACAGGCCAACCUUGUCAAGGAACUCCAGGAUGCUUUUGACUGUGGGGACAAACCUCUGUUUGACAGUAACACUGAUGUACACACAGUGGCAUCCCUCCUGAAGCUUUACCUCAGGGAGUUACCUGAGCCUGUGAUCCCCUUCAGCAAGUAUGAGGACUUUCUAACCUGUGCGCAGCUUCUACUAAAAGAUGAAGAAGUGGGAAUCUGUGAGCUUGUGAAGCAGGUGAACACUCUUCCUCAGGCUAAUUAUAAUUUGUUAAAGUACAUUUGCAAAUUCUUAGAUGAGGUACAGUCACACUCGAAUGAGAACAAGAUGAGUGUUCAGAAUCUUGCAACAGUUUUUGGACCAAAUAUCCUUAGGCCUAAAGUGGAGGACCCUGUUUCUAUGAUGGAAGGAACCUCUCAGGUCCAGCACUUGAUGACCAUGUUGAUCAGUGAACAUGAGAGACUGUAUGUUGGGACUGAGGGAGAUGUUUCCUCUGAGCAGACAGGAAGCUGUCCACGGGGCAGGGUGGAGUGGAUCUCGAAGGAGGAGACUUUGAACUGCCCAUCAUCAACUCAGACCUCCCAAAUGGAAGAGAGUGUGUCUGGCAGUGCCAUAUCUUUGGAUAUCAAUGCAGGUGCCCCGACCACUGCCAAAGUGACACCUCAGGGAAGAUCUGGGGUGAGCCCCAGCAAGCAGGCGAAAUCUCUUCCCUCCUGGAAGUACUCAUUCAAGAGUGGAGGGGUUCGUGCCCAGCCCGCAAAAAUUGGGGGCUCGUCUGUGGACGUAUCCAGCCUGCCCAGCACUGGUAACUGGUUAAUAAACGGGCUUUCUUCUCUGCGUAGUCAUCGGCGUACAUCUUCAGGAGAACGCAUGGGCAAGGAUUCAGCUCUGUCACACCGUCUGUCCACUUAUGACAACGUGACCUCAUCUAGUCUCAGCGUGCCCAGUGUUGCAAGCACGCCCUGGUCCAUGUCCUCCUGUGAGAUCUUAGUGGCGGACUCGGUGGGCAGCGACCCCUCAGGAUUGAACUCUAUGAAGGCUGAAUGGUCAGUUGGAGGGUCUUUUCAAGGACAAAGGGAGGACAGGAGUUCAGAGGUCACAGACAGCAGUGAAGCACUGGGAAUGUGUGUAAGCAGUGCAGGUUGCAGUGAGAAUGGGUAUCUAGAAGAUGUGGCGAACAUCACAGGAGAUACUGAAAAUAGCACGACAGCACUUAACAGCCUGGUAACAGAGCUAAAAGAUGAGUUGAAGAAACAGAAGUUCAACUAUGAAUCACGAUUACUGAAGCUUGAGGGAUCAUGCAUAGCUCUGCAUAACCAGAUAGAGAGACUAGAGGAUGAGUUAGACCAGGAGAAGAAAAAGUAUUGCAUGUUGGAAAUUAAACUUCGCAACUCCCAGCGGGCCAGUGAGGACGCAGAGAACCGGAACUGUUUACUUCAACGCGAGAUGGAGGUGUUCUUUUCCACUUUGGGAGAUCUAACCUUGGGAACAAGGACAAGCAAAAAUUGACUGGCCCUCUGAUGAUACAGUUCUCCUUAUUUAACACUGAGAGACUGUGUUGUAGAUAGCAAUAGAAUUUUGAAAUCUCUUUGCUCAUGCAUCAUGAGUUUUCAGAGGUAAUUUUGUGCUGUUUUGUUGCAGCUAUUAUCAUGUCGCCCUGAACCACAAGGUGAAAAACAAAAUGUACUAGGUGACAUUUUUUUUGUGCCUAUGAAUUUCUUUCUCUGAAAAUAAUAAUAAUAAUAAUUUCUCUGAACUUUUUUCUCUCAGAAUUUUUUUCCUCAAGAGGCAACACAUGAAAAAAAAUUAUUGAUAGCUAACAAAUCAGCAUGUGGUACCAACCUCGGCCACUAGGUGCCACUAUCAGUAAGUACAUUUUGUAGGACAUAGGCACAGGAAGGCACUAAGACACCUACAACAUUUUUUAUAAAAUAAUAAUAAUCACCUUGUGAAGUUUUUCACCUUGAGGUUCAAGGCUUCCAUACUUUCCAUUUGAUCUUCAGUCUUAAGUUUAUUGUACGGUUCAAUUAUUGACAGUCAUUACAUAAAUAACAUGCACAGUUAAUACCAAAGCAUGACGUUCCUGAUCGGCGUGUUUGAAAUAUUUGCCCUUCAAAAAGGCAGGUGAUUACAAUGCCAAUUUAUUUUAAUGCAUGUUAUGAAAUAAAUCCUGCUGAAUUGUCUCUUGGGGUGCUUGAAGUUCUCCAAACCCCCCUUUAUUUUUAGUCUAUAUUAUUUAAUACUUCUCAUUAUUUAAAAGCUGCAUCAUAUCACACUGUGCCUGACACUAUCAAACGCAGACAAUGGCAAGUCAUUGAUGGCUCAUUUAGACUGUUACACAAUCAGACUAAACAGACAAAUCUUUUUAGCGUAUCCCUUUAUUGUAAGUAAAAAUGCACUAUGGAAAUUGUUUUUUCCUGUAUUAGAUAAGAUGACAUUGUAGCCAUAAUAUGUCAAAACUUGUCCAAAGUUAUUAAAAAAACUUUGAAAUCAUCAUGAUAAGAUUAUUUCGGCUGGAAGAUUGCCAAGUCUAGUAUUUAUUAAAGCUUUUUAAUAAAUUUAUUAAUGUAAACCUAGAACUAUUUCUCAGGUGGUGUUUUUCAAAACACUCAAUGAAUAAGUGUCUUUAUAUAAAAAAGGACUGAACAAAGGCUGACAUAUACAGUACUUGAAGUAAAAAGAAAGAGUUUUUUUUUUUUUUUAAGUGUGCACAUAUGUUCUUGUGGUCCUUUUUCCUGAUUAUUGAUUCUUGUAUGCAGAAAGUGCCAAAAUAGAGGUCCUAAGGAAAUGGACAUUGACCCGAUUUCAUUUAAAAUGAAAACUGAUUAAAGUCAAUGAAAUAAAUGUACCAUUGUGAACAAAACUGUGCAAU